AUGGCAAACUACAUCCUCACUGAACCCUCCCCUUCCACAAACGUCUUUGUACGUUCCGGUCGAGGCGGCUACGGCAACAUCUCGCGUGCCUCAAAGCCAACAAACUCUUCGACAUCCCGCACCGUCGCAACCACUACCACCACACCAACCGCUCCCUCACGCCGCUUCUUCAGCGGCAUCGGCGGAGCAGGCAACGUCCACCGCGCCAGCGAACAGCCCUCUGUGUCUCUCGACGACGAGUACGACCGCAUCGCUGCCCGUGACCAGAUGGCCGCCGGACACGUCGGCAUCGGCGGCGCGGGCAACGUCUUCCACCGCAAAGAGAGCGAUGCUGGAUCAGACAUUAGCUCCAGCAGCUCUCUGAGCUCAAAGACCAAGCUGUGGGCUCGUGUGAGCAGCACUUUCAGCAGGGACUAG